AUGGCUUCAUCAGAUAAUAAAAGUCUCCCCCCGGGAUAUAUUCUUCACGACGGGUACCCUUCAGUCCCUGAAUACGUCCAUCUCCGCUCCGCUGCAGGAUUAUCGCCAAAGACUCCAUCCCAGGCUACAGCAAUCCCAACAGGGAGCUGGUACGGAUGCUACAUCACCUUUGAAGAAAAUGGCUCGGAUCCAAAGCCAGUUGGUAUGGGGAGAAUCAUAGGAGAUGGCGGCUGGUAUUUCCAUAUCGCGGACAUGGCCGUUCACCCGGACCACCAGAAGAGGGGACUCGGAGAUACUGUUCUCAAGGCUUUGCUCGCGAAGAUCAAACAGGAAGCUCCGGCAGAUGGCGAGCCUUAUGUUUCGUUGUUGGCUGAUGGGCCGGGUCGACCUUUGUAUGUGAAGAAUGGUUUUGUGGAGAGUGCGCCAGAGUCACUUGGCAUGAUAUUGAAAUAA